AUAGCACGCGGUAGAUAGCUGAACAUGACCUAAAAACAAAACGACGCAGCCUAUGAAAACUAAUGGUUGUUCGCAGUCCGGCAAAAACCCAGAAUUGCCACAGCGAUUACUUUCGAUUGAAGCAUUCGAAGAAAAUUACUUCGCUAGACAAUGUUAAAGUUAUGAAAAUUCGCUGGGGCUGUAUUUUCCCUUGAGAAACCACUAGACAGUUGGCAGAACAAAACUAUUGAAAAUCUGUGGUACUGGUAGUAUGGUACGUGACGCGACGAAAUAGGAGAGACUUGUAGAUGGUUAUCUGCGUCUUGUGUAUAUUUUAUCUGAGAUCUGGAAAGACGACUGUACUACGUGGAAUCCAAUGAAAGAAACCCAGCCAAUUACUGGAGAGUGAGAAACAGGUACGAACCAAUCACAGGGGGCGACACCUGAGCCAUUUCCAGCCGAGCCAUCAUGCAGCAAGCUUGGUCACUCGCUUUUGUAGUUUGUGACGUAUGCCAUCUGGAGUUGUGGUGUUCGUGUUGACCCCUGAGCUUUCAUUUUCUCGCAAUUCAACACGAGCCGCUCCAUCCAUCCACCGUGGGCACCACUCAAUCGCCGUGUGUGUGCAGGGUUUGCCCGUGGUUAGGGGUGCGCGUAACUGAUGGAGACCGACUCGCAAACUGAGACGAUAGAUUCGGAAUUGGAGCCGGCCAUGAACACCUUGGAGUCAGAUAUCACCAUCAGCAACGAGGCUGCUAGUGGUAUUGAAUCCACAGGCAUGAUCCAGGACUUGUUGAACAAGAGACCAAACAUCGGUGUCAAUCCCUGCACUGACACCGCCGCCGCCAACAACACCAUGACGAUCGCGGCAGAAGUCGGCGACAAGAGAGGGGUCAAUGCCUUGUCCUUCUCGCAGCAGCAAAUCAUCUGUGUCUGCGAGGCGCUACUCCAGGAGGGGAACAUGGAGAGGCUGGCCCGAUUCCUGUGGACUCUGCCAUCCGAUGAGUCCCUCCAGACGAACGAGACGGUCCUGCGAGCCCGGGCCGCCGUGUGCCACCACCGGGGAAACCACAAGGAGAUGUACACCAUCCUACAGUCGUACAGCUUCAGUAGCGCCUUCCAUCCGGAGUUACAAGACCUGUGGUACCGAGGCCAUUACGGCGAGGCCGAGAAGUCCAGGGGACGUGGGCUGGGUGCCGUGGACAAGUACCGCAUUCGCCGGAAGUACCCUCUCCCCAGAACCAUCUGGGAUGGCGAGGAAACAAUCUACUGUUUCAAAGAGAAAUCUCGGAACAUGCUGAAGGAAUUGUACCAGGUCAACAAGUACCCAACACCAGAGGAGAAGCGGAAUCUGGCCAAGACGACAGGGUUAACACUGACCCAGGUCAGCAACUGGUUCAAGAAUAGACGGCAGAGGGACAGGGCCCCAGCCGGUCUGUCCAAGGGGGAAGAAGAACCCAACAACAACAACGUGCCCUCUGGAGUGGACAAUGCAAAGAACAAUAAAUACCCCGUGCAAGCCCGGUUCUACGUGAACGAGGGGAACUACAACAACAACAACAGCGCCACCACGAGUCCAUCUCGCGUGACGGCCAAAAUCGUGACCCCUCCCGUCAUGAUGGUGACGACUCCAGUGAGUCCCGUCGGUUGCGAGGUGCCAGGGAUCAAGACAGAGCCCGGGGUGCCCCCUACGACAACGAGCGCGUCCAACGAUUUGACCCCUAUGACAGAUUUCCCCGCGCUGGGCUUCAAGUUCCUGCAUGAUUUGGCAGUCAUACAGCAAGUGGUCCCGGUGGGUUUGGGUUCGGGACCCGGGGAGGCGGGGACUUCGGCAAGCAACCCCCUGGGCACGAUGCUUGUGAACUCGUCAACCCUCCUCGGUCCUGCUGCUUGUGGCAGGGGGCAACCUGCAUACCAAGUACCAUCCCUGAGUAUGGCGCAGCCCCUCCCCUUCACCCUCUCGCCCGCCGCUGCGGCCCAGCUGAUCGAGUCUGUGGCGACUGGCUACAGCAACGCAAGCUCAACAACCCCGUGCACAUACGUCAGCAGCGGCAGGUCACCUGCCAACGGUCCAGGUGUCAGUCGGCCUACUGCCGCCGUCGACGGCGUCAGUGCAGAUAUGGAAAUUGACGAGAAUGCGACAGCCAAACCUCAAAGAGUCGUCAAGCCAUCCAUGCCAUCGAAAAUCACCACAACGGCAUCAGGAUAGCCUGAAGCUACAUGUAUAAUGCUUACAACGACAUCCCAUCUGAUCUUUUGACGAAGAAACGGACUUCAUCAACGUAAAUACUACAGCCCAUACUAAAAUAAGAUCACGUAAAUACCACAGCCAGGGUAUAAAAACUACUUAAAGGUUUCACUAUAAGGAUUGGACAAUGACUUACCGUCUCACAAAAAGCAACUUUAAACUUCGUCAGUAGGCGUUGCCCUUAUUUCCCGACAAAGGCAAUAGUGUUUUGUUAACCGUCUUUGAAAAUAAAUGUAUUAAGGAGACAGUGUCAUAUUACAGACAUACUCAAGUUACGCAACUAACUGUUAAAUUCUUUGCCUGAACAUUAUUUGAGAUUUGUGACUUAAAUUUGGUUUUUGACUCCUUCCUUUGACCGCCCUUUAAGCCAUCCUUCACUAUCCACCAGUACAUUCCUCCCAUGCAUGUAGCAUGCAGCCACAAAAGAGUGACUAUUUUUUAUAAAAGAUCAUAAAAAGAAAUUGUAUUUUAUACACAAAAUUGUUGCUUCAUAUACCAAAGGGAAAUUGAUUAUGCCUGUAAUGACGAGUGAUGCCUUUACGUUGAUUUUUGUUUUCAUAAUUUAGCUUGUUAAAACUGUACGUCAUAUACGUGUGCUCAUUAUCAACAGAGACCUGUAGAAAUGCGGUAGAUAAUGUAGAAAUUUAGAAGCCAAAUAUAUCAUCCAUAUUGUUUCCAGUAAAUUGUCAACUGUGUGCAUCAUAUCACUUAUUGUUUUACCAUGAGCGGAGCUUAUACACAAAUACAGAUUUCUCGGCAGAAACACAGUUUUCACGACUCAUGAAGCAAUAACGCAUUUCGUUGUAAUGUUCUUUCCCGUGUGUAUACUUGCGCGGUCAGAUCAGUUGGAACGUUUGCACAUUUUACACCACCGAUGAAAAAAUUGGGAUUUUUUUCAUAUAGGCCUUAUUAAUUAAAACAGUAAUUUUGUAACAAGGA